AGAACUGAUACCAUGAUACACCCGUAACCUUCAGACUGAUCGAACUUGUGUCAAUAUAGGAGUGACGGCAUUUCCUAGUCACACGUAUUUAGAUAGAUAGAUAGAUAUAUAUAUAGACCCUAUAACUUUCACUGUCACUGAGCGUUGGACUCAUUUGUAAGUGAGGACUCCUUGGAGAAACAACAUGUCUGCCGCGCUGUUCAGUCUGUGCGUUCUUCUGUUUUGUUUCGGAGAAGGCCUAAGCCAGACCACCAUUGAGACAGGUACCCGGUACGUGACCGGGGCCUUGCAGUCACCAAAACCAGUAGAGAAAGGUACCUACGUGGCCAGCCUCUGCAACGCCUUCAAGGGUAAAGAUGUCAUUGUCAGCGUAGUGCUCCAGAGAAACCCGGACUGGAACCCGACCUUCGGGGUGGUCAAUUUUACGGUCACUACAGCACCAGUGGCUGGCAACCUGGAAGCGAGUGUACUUUGCCAAAACUGGCCUGACGCCAAUGCCAAACCAGCUCCAAACUGCACGGUGAAAAACUGGAGCUCCACAAGUGACCUCUAUGUGAACACAAUGGCUUCAAAUGUUGGCGAUGUAUCUUUUACAGUGAUCGUUGAGUUUGUAAAAGCUACAUCAGAUUCAGAUAUAGAAAAGAUAAACCCUCCAAAGUCCAUGAACCUGAAGAGCUAUAUAGAUGCGGGGCUUGUGUAUCUCGACCAGGUGGUGCAUAUAGACAAACCUUUCCAAGUGGUAUACGGCCAAACUGUCAUUCUCGCAAUCACCUUCUGCCCAAACCCGCAGACCACCAAAAACUACCGCAUCGACAGCACUGUAUUUGCCAUGGGGCCUGACGCCGCGUUUGCGCAGUACGUCUGUAAGAUUUUGCCAUGCAACGAUCGUCAAAACGUCAUCGCCAGUAACCCUUAUCAGUUGCCACUUAACUCUCUUUCCGUGUCCACUACAACAGCCGACUUGACCACUCUCUACAUUGCCGUGGUCGGUUGGGGAGGGGAGUACGACCCCAGCGUCCACGCGUACGUGGGCUCUUUCGUCUAUGGAGCUUCACUGACGGUUCAACCAGCACACAAAGAAAAGGAGUUUAGAUUCAUUCAAUAUUGAAACGAUUAGGCCUACAUAUCUGAAAUGAAAGUGAUAAGACCAAUUAUUUGAAUAAGAACUUUAUCUUUUUAAUCCGCUAAUUAUUUGGUUGCUUAAAAAUAUUGAAGUAGUUCGAUUAAAGAUGUCUUGGACAUGGAUUUCUAUUUGUUUUUAGAUUAUUCUCAGUUUUGUGUAACUAUGAUGCGGCCGUAAGGCGUUGUACAAAAUUAAACAUAUUUUAACACAUCUUCCGAAAUUUGUGGCCCAAAUAGCAAAUAUUUUUUAACAAAAUAACGAUGACAUAGAAAAAAAAAAACUGUUGUAAUUUUCUUCUGUAAAACUGAUUGCUUAUGAGUAUAUGUAAAGUAAGCUGGGAUUGAUGCACAUAUCCUAAAAUUCUUACUGCCUGUUUUUCAAUGUCUGUAGCGCAUAAUUAAAUCACACCAAUAAUUUAAAUAUGAAUAAAUCGACGUUUUAUGUGCAAUUGUGCAGUUUCAUA